AUGCCGUGGCUCGAAAGUGCCAUGUCCAAGCGAAUAGAGCAGCGGGUCUUGAACCAGCUAGCUCGGUUCACAUCGCACGAAAACCUCGUCCAGCGAGCUGUGGCGAUGGCUUCAUCUAUCAGCUCGAUUGUUCUUUGCGUGGCAGCUAUUUACAUGUUCCUUGCCAUCGAUCCCAAAAGACUCGUUUUCCGUCACCAGCUCAUUGCAUUUCUCAUAUUCUUUGACUUGUUAAAGGCCAUCAUCCUUUUGAUAUUCCCCUCUCACGUGGUGAAUCAUCCGCUGGCGUACUUUGAUAAUCGUUUUUGUCAAGUGGUGGGUUUCUUCACUGCCACUGCUAUUGAAGGGGCCGACUUUGCCAUUCUUGCAUUCGCAAUCCAUACCUUCCUUCUUGUGUUCCGCCCGAGCUUGAAUGUUAAAACAGGUCGCUUUGACCGCAUUGAAGGUGGCCUUUACAUUUACCGCUACUACACAUAUAGCCUUUGUUUUGUCAUUCCGUUGGUGUUAGCCAGCUUACCGUACAUUGGCAAAGGCUAUUCCUCCUUCGUAUGCUGGUGUUAUUUGCCUCAAAAACCUGUUUGGUAUCGUUUGGUGCUUAGUUGGGUCCCCAGAUGGUGCAUAGUAAUUGUUAUUUUUGGCGUCUACGGCGUCAUAUACUACUAUGUGUUGCGGGAGUUCCGUACUUUGGGAGGAGUUUUCAGCACCAUGCACCGGCAGAAUUCUAAGUGGAGGCCGCCCGCGCUGGCGCGGGACAAGCCCACAUUUUUUUCGCUGGUACGCUUUUUUAUGUCUAGUAUGGCUGGUUAUGUUCUUCCUAAGUUUGUGUUGCCCAACGACCGGGACACUUUUGAGCAACAUCUGGCGGCAUCGCCACACGAACAAAUCGACCUGGAUGAGGCUCGCGGUCCUCAUGAUGGAAGUAUGGCUCCACCUGGGCAAAACUCGGGUGGGGACAUUCAGGCAGCUAAUUUGGACGCGUUCCUUCGGCGACAAAAGGCCAUUGAAAAGCAAAUGAAGUCGAUCUUCGUGUACCCAUUUGCAUACAUCUUUGUGUGGCUUUUCCCGUUUAUCUUGCAGUGUUCUCAGUUCAACUACGAAGAGCACUCAAGGCCUGUCGUUUGGCUCAAUUACAUGGGCGCGUUCAUGCAACCUUUCAACGGUGUGGUCGACCUGCUUGUCUUUUUCUACCGCGAGCGACCAUGGAGGCACAGUAUUGCUAGGUCAUUCGAGCGGGAGCAUGCAGCACGCCUCUCUCACGUGGCGCUCCACAAUCUGAGCGGCGACACAGCUUCGUUCGACGGAGAACCAAAAAGCUCCCCUUUUGUUGAUACGACCCAAUACUCGCGCUGGCGCCGUACGUUAAGCCGCAUGCGCUUCCCAUUUAUGCGGUUGCCUACAGAAUCCACUGCUGUUCGAAUUGAACAGGCAGCCCUCGAGCAAACGCAACAACCCCAAGCUGAUGGCGACUUUGGCGUAUUGCAGGGCAUGCAUGAUUUCUCGGGUCUUCUUCUGGGCGCUGUGAUCGAAAACGAUUUCCGCCAGAAGCUCCAUAAUUUUUCAUUUGGUGCGCGCCGCCUGAGUGUUGCGCCUUCACGCCAUUAUUCUGCUGGCGAUCCAAAUGAUCAUCUUCGUUCCAUGAGUGUAGGCGGUUCAAAAAGCAUGAGCACAGCCCGAGGCUCGGUGGCUAGGAGCGACGACGACAUGGACAUUUUGGAGUUUCUUCGCCGAGGACCAAAUUAG